GGGUGAGAAAGGGGAGGAGAGAGGCGCGGACGCGAGAAGGCGCUCCCGACAGCGGCGCGGAGAGGGAGCGGCGAGCCGAAGGCGGGGGACCAGGAGCCGGCAGGCGUCCAUCGCGGAGCAGAGACCAUGGCGUCUGGCAGCAGCGCCGCCUGUGAGGAGGAGCGCAGCCUCCGCGAGUGCGAGCUCUAUGUCCAGAAGCACAACAUCCAGGCGCUGCUCAAAGACUCUAUCGUGCAGCUGUGCACUGCCCGGCCCGAGAGGCCCAUGGCCUUCCUCAGGGAGUACUUUGAGAGACUGGAGAAGGAGGAGGCAAAACAAAUUCAGAAUCUGCAGAAAGCAAGCAGUCGUGCUGACUCCAGGGAGGAUGAGAUUUCUCCUCCUCCUCCCAACCCUGUGGUUAAGGGCCGGAGGCGACGGGGUGCUAUCAGCGCGGAAGUCUACACGGAGGAGGAUGCGGCGUCCUACGUCAGAAAGGUUAUACCGAAAGAUUAUAAGACAAUGGCUGCUUUAGCCAAAGCCAUUGAAAAGAAUGUGCUGUUUUCACAUCUGGAUGAUAAUGAGAGAAGUGACAUUUUUGAUGCCAUGUUCCCGGUUUCCUUUAUUGCUGGAGAGACAGUUAUUCAGCAAGGUGAUGAAGGGGAUAACUUCUAUGUGAUCGAUCAAGGAGAGAUGGAUGUCUAUGUCAACAAUGAGUGGGCCACCAGUGUUGGCGAAGGAGGGAGCUUUGGCGAACUGGCUUUGAUUUAUGGAACACCGAGAGCAGCCACUGUCAAAGCAAAGACCAAUGUGAAGUUGUGGGGCAUCGACCGUGACAGCUAUAGAAGAAUCCUCAUGGGAAGCACACUGAGAAAGCGGAAGAUGUAUGAGGAGUUCCUCAGUAAAGUGUCUAUUCUAGAAUCUUUGGACAAAUGGGAACGUCUCACUGUAGCGGAUGCAUUGGAACCAGUCCAGUUUGAGGAUGGGCAGAAGAUUGUGGUGCAGGGAGAACCAGGGGAUGAGUUCUUCAUAAUUUUAGAGGGUUCUGCUGCUGUGCUACAGCGUCGGUCAGAAAAUGAAGAGUUUGUGGAAGUGGGAAGAUUGGGGCCUUCUGAUUACUUUGGUGAAAUCGCCCUGCUGAUGAACCGCCCUCGUGCCGCCACGGUGGUUGCGCGUGGCCCUUUGAAGUGUGUCAAGCUGGACCGACCUAGGUUCGAACGUGUUCUCGGCCCGUGUUCAGAUAUCCUCAAACGGAACAUCCAGCAGUACAACAGUUUCGUGUCACUGUCUGUCUGAACCCGCCUCUCUCCUGUCCCCGUCCGUGCUUCAUCCGCAGACUGCUUUAUUUUCCCUACUGACAGCACCACGUGGCCGCUGGCAUCGCAGCUUCCUGUCUGUUUAUAUUAAAAGUUGCUUUCAUUGCACCGUUUUUAAUUUGGAGCAUUACGUGAGUGCUCUAACAGUUAAUAAAUAGAGAGAGUUCUAUGGAGACUGCUGUUACUGCUUCUCUUUGUGCAGUGUUAGUUCUCACCUGGGCAUGGCCCUCACCACGCUUCCUGGUGUGGCAGACCCCUGCGCCAGGUGAGUUACGUAGAGUGAUGCUGUAACCUUGCAAGAAUUUUUUAAGUGACAUUACUUUCCACUUAUCAUAAGUGUAUUUUAGACUGUGGCCAUAUAAGCUGUAUUUCUUUCUAGAGUAAAUGAUUUCUCGUUAAGCUCUAAGGAUUAGGAAAAAUGGACAUAGAAAAAUCUUAGUGUGUAGAAAGACAUCCGCCUCUAUUUAAAGUAGAUUAAGGCCCAUUUUUGCUAAUUAUCAGAUGGAUAUAGUCGGUUCACUUUUUUCUUUUUAACCAGAGUUUUUUGGUCAGUCUAUUUGCCUGGUUUCUUUAGCUCUGGUUACUGAUGUUUUCAAGUCAAAAAUAUCUUUAGGUGGGACUGUCUCUAACUGCUUUGAAAUUUUGAAACCAAAUCGUAGGCUGCAAAUACGGAGUUCUGCUUUAACUACAUCUGCCUCAGAUCAAAUUCUGAUUAGACUUUUAUCCAACAGUGCCAAAUACUGAUCAUCAGAUGCUGAAUUGAGAGCGAAUUUGAGGUCUACGCUUUGGGCUGAGAGCUCAGACCUUUUGGUCGGUGCUCAGCUUCGCUUGAGUCCAGCUAAUCUGCUCAGUAGCACCGACUCGGGUGGAUAGGACAGGUGGGACACUUGUCUGGCAGGAGGCGAUGUUGCUGGAAGGAGAGCGAGCUGCUGACGGCAGGGUGUCAGGGCUGGGGGGCGCGCGGAGCCCGGUGUGACGGGCUGCGCCGCCAGGCUGCGUGGGGCGUGAGAGUUGCAAAUACGUUUUCACUUUGAUUUAUCCUAUUUCUCUCCCUUUUCCAUCAGCUAGAUUUGGGGGGGUUGGGGUGGGGGAGGAUGUGUCUGUGCUGUUUCACACGGUCUGAAAGGCCACCCGCUGAAGUGUGCUGCUGUCCUCGCUGGCUGUCCUCCUCUGGCUAGCUUUUUUGUUUCUGAAAGUCAGCUUGUGUUUUGAGUCUUACUGUAUCUCAGUAUUUUCCAGCCUUAUCAACCUUCUGUGUUACAUUAUUUCAUGUGCUCCAGUGACACCCAGCUGGUCAUUUUUAUCAUUUUUUAACAAGUUUCACAGUUCUGUAAUGUAGACACUUUUAUUUUCAUGGUGGUUUAUAUAUGAUGCAGGGUUGUAUCGGGGCGACCGGCACAUUUCCCAUCUGUCUGUCAGCCGCCCUUGUUGCUGAUAUCCCAGGCCCUGUAAGUUGGUCAUGAUGUUUUCCAUAGUUUUGAGUUGUUUUUAGGUUACUAAGUUUGGAGUAUCAAUCUGGAAAGAGAUCUUACAUUUUAGUGCGGGAUAGAAAGUCGCCCUAUUCCAAAUUUUUUAUUUUUCAAAAUCUACAUGAAAUGAGGGUUUUUCUGCUCUGUAUCCUUGUGUUUAGCUACUUUUUUAUAUUUAAAAAUUAAAAAUAAAAUUUUUGUUCUUACUAGCUUAAAGCUUGAUUUGAUCUUUGUUUAAAUGCCAAAACUACUUAAAUGAGUUUAGAAUGCCAUACAUUUGCACUAUUUCGUAUAUGUAUAUAAUCAUGUUCAUGUAUAUUUAAUACGUACAUUGCUUUCUAAAUGAGCUUCGCUCUCCAGUCACUUGGCUUGCUGUUUACUCCCUUUUGUAGUUUUCGAUCCAAGAAAUUUUCAGUC